AUGAGUUCGAAUAUCAUCAAACUUGACCCAUGGGGCGAUCUCACUCUUCGGGUUGGACCAGACGAUGCAACACAGGAUUUCAACGUUUGCCCCAAGACAUUAGCUCGUAUAUCUCCAGUAUUCGAGCGAAUGCUAUACGGCAAUUUUGCAGAAGCAAAAGCAAACGCAUCGGCGACUGGCAGCGAAUGGAUCGUGCGACUGCCGGAGGAUGAACCAAAUACCAUGGGCCGCUUCCUCUCGAUAGUCCAUGGCGAAUAUGACGAGGCAAUGCGAGACCUUUCUCUUGACCAAAUAUAUAACCUGACUGUCGUGACUCACUACUACGAUGCAACCAGAGUCCUCCGACCGUGGGCAGAGGCCUGGAUUACCUACAUGACCAACUUGGUCGAAGAUGUCAACACGCCCAUUCUGAAGAUUUUGUGGGUUGCGUGGGAGCUCGGCGCCUCAAAGCUUUUCCAGAAGACGUCACGCUACAUCUUGUUGGAGUUUGAUGCUACAGAGUUUCACGACGCGAUUUCCAACAGAAGCACGCAAACGCCUCCUGACAUAUUAGCUCACCCGUUUCGCUACCAGAACCAACCUUUCAUCGUUCCUGUUCUGGCCGAUUCUUAUUUGAGAGCCUCAACGGAUAUGAAUCCAGAAAGAAGAGAAGAUGAUCCACCCGAAAGCUACGCCUUGCAUCCCUUGCACCAGCAUCAAACCAAUGCUGUUUCCGAGCCUGCGACGAGCUGGACCGAUACCGACCACAUAAACCACGUACAUUCCUCGGAUGAUGCUCAUGAUGUUCACCAAGACCUGCUCUCCGAUCCUCAUCCGGGAUCGCCUUAUGACGAGACCGACCCUUUUGACCUCCAGCGGCAACAUUCCCCCAUUAGCCUCACGGGCGCCGAGAGCUUCCUUGAUGGGCACCAAAAUCUUCCCGACAACGACCCGAUGCCAUACGAUCAUCACGAUGACCCCUUGGACACACGGAAAGUGUCGCCAGCUGACCGAAACCAAGGAGGUCUUGGACGCCGCGGCACGCGGAAGAUCAAACUGGUGCAGGGUAUCCAGGGAUCGGUUUUGAGCGCAAAUUAUCCCGUGCCCAGUGCAAUCAAGAAUGCAUUGCAGCCCCGGUAUCGCGACUUGGAAAGUGGUUCUGAAGAGUUUUCCAAAAUACGGUACACUGCAGCAACUUGUGACCCCAACGACUUCACCUUGUUGAACGGAUAUACUCUGCGCCAGCAUAUAUACAACCGGCAUACCGAGCUUCUCAUUGCAAUCACAUAUUACAACGAAGACAAGGUGCUGUUUGCCAGAACUUUGCAUGGCGUAAUGCAAAAUAUACGCGACAUUGUGAACCUCAAAAAAUCCACGUUUUGGACGCGCGGUUCGGCCGCAUGGGAAAAGAUUGUAGUAUGCCUCGUAUUCGACGGCGUCGACAAGGCAGAUCCUGGCGUCCUAGACCUCCUCGCAACAGUCGGGGUUUAUCAAGACGACGUGCGGAAGCAUGACGUGAACGGUAAAGACACGACUGCCCACAUCUUUGAGUUCACGACGCAAUUGUCGGUCACGCCAGAUCAGCAGCUCUGUCGUCCCAACUCGGAUCCGGAUGAUGCUAGCAAUUUGCCCCCGGCUCAGCUGCUCUUGUGCCUGAAACAGAAGAAUAGCAAAAAGAUCAACUCACAUCGCUGGCUAUUCAAUGCUUUUGGACGUAUUCUCAACCCCGAAGUCGUCAUCUUGAUCGAUGCCGGCACAAAACCUGGACCUGGUUGUCUAUUGUCGUUAUGGGAGGCCUUUUUCAACGAUAAAAACCUCGGCGGCGCUUGUGGUGAAAUCCACGCCAUGCUGGGCAAGAAGAAUUCCAAGCUGCUAAAUCCAUUGGUGGCAAUACAGAAUUUCGAAUAUAAAAUUUCGAAUAUUCUGGAUAAACCUCUCGAGAGCUCAUUCGGCUACGUCACUGUUCUCCCUGGCGCGUUCUCGGCUUAUCGCUUUCGAGCUAUCAUGGGACGUCCCCUGGAGCAAUAUUUCCAUGGCGACCAUACACUCACCACGGGCAAGAAGAGCAUUCAUAAUAUGAAUAUCUUCAAAAAGAACAUGUUUCUGGCAGAGGAUCGUAUCCUUUGCUUUGAGCUGGUGGUGAAAGAGAAGCAAAACUGGCACUUGUCCUACGUGAAAGCUGCCAAAGGCGAGACCGACGUGCCAGAAGGUCCUGCCGAAUUUCUUAGCCAGCGUCGUCGCUGGCUUAAUGGGUCGUUUGCUGCCUCUUUAUACUCCCUGAUUCACUUCAGUCGCAUGUAUAAAUCAGGCCACAGUCUACUCCGAAUGGCAAUGUUCCAUGUCCAGCUGAUAUAUAACAUCGCCAAUGUUGUAUUCAGUUGGUUCUCUCUCUCGUCCUAUUGGCUCACCACUACUGUGAUCAUGGACCUUGUCGGCACACCCGUAGCAGCAUCGCAUUAUCAUGGCUGGCCAUUCGGCGAUACUGCAACCCCGAUAUUCAACCACGUCAUCCAGUAUAUAUACUUCUCAUUCAUACUGAUACAGUUUGUCGUGGCACUCGGAAACCGUCCAAAGGGGUCACAAAUGACCUACCUCGUUUCAUUCGUCGUAUUUGGCUUUAUUCAACUCUACAUUAUCAUUCUAUCCUUUUAUCUCGUCGCUCGAGCCCUAAGCACACCUUUGGGCGACCAGAUCGAUGUCUCAUCGGGCGCGGCAUUCUUUCAGAGCAUGUUUGGGGGGACUGGGGUAGCCGGAGUAAUUCUCCUGGCCCUUCUCACCAUUUAUGGUCUAAACUAUGUCGCGUCGUUUCUUUACCUGGACCCUUGGCACAUGUUUCACUCUUUCCCGCAAUACAUCAUCCUAGCCUCGACGUAUAUCAAUAUUCUCAUGGUGUACGCGUUCAACAACUGGCACGACGUGUCGUGGGGCACAAAGGGGUCCAACGACACGGACAAGAUGCCAUCGGCCCACGGCAUCAAGGACACCGAGUCAGGGGCCGAGGUUGUCGAGGAGGACGAGCUGCAGCAAGUAGACAUUGACGAGAAGUUCCAAGACACUGUUCUGCGGGCCCUGGCGCCGGUAGUCACUGAGGAGAAGCGAGAGGAAAAGGAGGUCGACGACACCUACAAGGCAUUCAGAACCAGGUUGGUUGUCUCUUGGAUGUUGUCCAAUAUGCUGUUAGUCUGGGUUGUAACCUCGGACGACUUUGCGUUUCUUGGUGUCUCUGAAGCCUCGAAGACCCGAACGCCGGCCUAUUUUCGAUUUCUUCUGUAUGCAACCGCGUUUUUGUCGAUUGUAAGAUUCCUGGGAUUUCUUUGGUUUCUCGGAAGGACGGGCAUCAUGUGCUGCUAUGCGAGGAGAUAA